AUGUUAGGGGCUGUGAAAAUGGAAGGGCAUGAGACCAGCGAGUGGAACAGCUACUACGCCGACACGCAGGAGGCCUACUCGACGGUGCCGGUGAGCAACAUGAAUUCGGGCCUGGGCUCGAUGAACUCCAUGAACACGUACAUGAGCAUGAACGCCAUGACCACCAGCGGCAACAUGACGUCGGGCUCGUUCAACAUGUCCUACGCCAACCCGGGCCUGAGCCUGAGCCCCGGCGGGACGGGGGGAGCCAUGAACAGCAUGUCGGCCAUGGGCUCGGCGCUGAGCCCGGGCGGCAUGUCGGCCAUGGGGCCCCCGCAGGCCUCGCUGAACGGCCUGAGCGCCUACCACGGGUCCAUGGCGCCCUGCAUGAGCCCCAUGGGCUACGCGCCCUCCAACCUGAGCCGCGGCCGCGACGCCAAGAGCUUCAAGCGCAGCUACCCGCACGCCAAGCCGCCCUACUCGUACAUCUCGCUCAUCACCAUGGCCAUCCAGCAGGCGCCCAGCAAGAUGCUGACCCUGAGCGAGAUCUACCAGUGGAUCAUGGACCUCUUCCCCUUCUACCGGCAGAACCAGCAGCGCUGGCAGAACUCCAUCCGCCACUCGCUCUCCUUCAACGACUGCUUCGUCAAGGUGGCCCGCUCGCCCGACAAGCCCGGCAAGGGCUCCUACUGGACGCUGCACCCGGACUCCGGCAACAUGUUCGAGAACGGCUGCUACCUCCGCCGCCAGAAGCGCUUCAAGUGCGACAAGCAAGCCAGCGCCAAAGCCCCCCCGGGAGGCGGGGGAGGCGGGGGAGGCGGCGGCCCCGGAGGAGGGGAGGGCAGGAAGGAUCCCACCGGCUCCCCUCUGCACCGCGGCCAGCCCAAGGGCGGCCAGCUCGAGGCCACCCCGUCCAACCCCGGCGGCGCAGGCAGCCCCCCCGCCCUGGAUCACCACGGCUCCAACCCCGGCGGCGCAGGCAGCCCCCCGGCCCUGGAUCACAACGGCAACGGAGCCGAGCUCAAGCCCUCCGUGGCGGCGGCGGCGGCGGCUGCAGCGGCGGCGGCGGCGGUGGCGGCGGCCUCCGUCCAGACGGGCCCGUCCUUGGCCUCGCUGGGCCACCCGGGCCACUCGCUGGGGCACCACGAGUCGCAGCUGCACCUCAAGGGCGACCCCCACUACUCCUUCAACCACCCCUUCUCCAUCAACAACCUCAUGUCCUCCUCGGAACAGCAGCACAAGCUGGACUUCAAGGCCUACGAGCAGGCGCUGCAAUAUUCCUCCUACGGGGCCGGCUUGCCCGGCGGGCUGCCCCUCAGCAGCGCCUCCAUGGGCGGCAGGGGGGGCAUUGAGCCCUCGGCCCUGGAGCCCUCCUAUUACCAAGGUGUGUAUUCCAGACCGGUCCUAAACACCUCCUAG